GAAAAAGAUCAAUGAACUCAAAUCUAUAUAUACUAAUUUUCAUGGAUAAUAUUUAUUUGUACAGAUGGCGUAAGAUUUAUCUCGUGACUGUAUAAAAAGAUGGCAGAGAUGUCGAUGAAUCGUGGCACCUCUAGCGGAAAUAUUAAUGUACUAAGCAGUAAGUGAUUGGUAACGAGUUGAGUGAGACAAGUGAUUAAAAAAUGGCAUCCGCGACGACGUCGCACAAUGAGGUUUCGCAAGAAUUUUCUGUCAACAAACUUAUUCGUGUCGGUUAUUACGAAUUGGAAAAAACUAUUGGCAAGGGAAAUUUUGCCGUUGUUAAAAUGGCCACUCACGUUGUAACUAAAUCGAAGGUUGCUAUUAAAAUAAUAGAUAAAACAAAAUUAAAUGAAGAAAAUCUAGCCAAAAUUUUUCGUGAAGUACAUAUAAUGAAACGAUUAAGACAUCCACAUAUUAUAAGAUUAUAUCAAGUAAUGGAAACAGAGAAAAUGAUAUAUUUAGUUACUGAAUAUGCUCCUGGAGGAGAAAUAUUUGAUCAUCUUGUACGAAAUGGGAGAAUGCCAGAACCAGAAGCAAGAAGAAUUUUCCGUCAAAUUGUUCUUGCUGUUCGUUAUCUUCACCAACAGAGAGUUGUUCAUCGAGAUCUUAAGGCUGAGAAUUUAUUACUUGAUGCAGACAAUAAUAUAAAACUUGCAGAUUUUGGAUUUAGUAAUGAAUAUACUCCAGGUGUUCCACUUAACACUUGGUGUGGUUCACCACCAUAUGCUGCUCCAGAAAUUUUUGAAGGAAAACACUAUGAUGGUCCAAGAGCUGAUGUAUGGAGUCUAGGUGUUGUUUUGUAUGUAUUGGUUUGUGGUGCAUUACCAUUUGAUGGACCUACAAUGCAAUUAUUACGUUCUGUAGUAAUCUCAGGGAAAUUUAGAAUACCAUUUUUUAUGUCUGCAGAAUGUGAAAAAUUAAUUAGACAUAUGUUAGUAGUAGAACCAGAACGACGUUUAAGUAUCUCACAAAUUUUAGCACAUUCUUGGAUGGGUGGAGAUGGUGUAACAGAACCUGAACCAGGAGGGUGUAAUCCUGAAAAUGUGCCACCUCAAAUAAAUCAGGUAGUGAUAGAAAAUAUGUUAAGAUUACCAGGUCUUAGUGCAGAAACAUUAUUAAAAGCAGUUCAAGGAAAUGCAUUUGAUCAUGUGUCAGCAAUAUAUAAUCUUCUUGUUGACCGGUUAGAACCAACAAUGCCUAGUUUACCUAGUAUUCAAAGUAUACCGGGAGAUUAUGCUCCUGAUGGAGCACAUCAACUAGAAAAGUUUGGUGAUACAGAAGCAGAAACAGAAGAAAGAAGUGGAAUGCAACUUACACCUGGUACACCUUAUCAUACAACCAGAAGACACACAGUUGGACCUGGUGAUACUGCACAUCAGCCACCAUCAUAUCCUUAUAGCUAUAAUCACACAUCAGGCGAUCCAGCAUUGCGACUGCUUCCUAUAUUACAAUGUAAUAAUACUGAUCCUCAAGUGUUACCUCACACAAAUUUGCCUUUAAAUCUUCCUUUGGUUCAACAUCAACCUCCUCAAAACUUUCAAAUCAAAGAUCAACAUUUGUUAAAACCUCCUCCUGUGAUGGGAGCAACUGGGAGUUUUGGAAGAAGAGCUUCAGAUGGUGGAGCUAAUCUUCAUGUCUUCUAUCAACAACAUGGUAGUAAUUCUGGUGGUGCUGAAGAUGGAGGAUGGAGUCAACCUGGCAGUAGAGAACAUUUGCAACCUAUGCAAAGUGGAAGUCCAACUCUUGUACCAUGUGCUCAGUCAUUAAAUGUAGGAGUUAAUAGUGGCAAUGGUGAUACAAAUAAUAAUAGUGGAAGUGGAAGUGGAGGUAGUGAUAGAAGAAGACGAAGUGGUCUUACUGCCGUCAUGCAAAGACCAGUUAUAAAUCCGGAAAUGGUAAUGGAAGUGGAAGCUAGGAUGAAUAGAGCUUACCUCCCAUCACGACUAUAUAUACCGACACAUCUUAGAGGAUCUACACUUCCACAUCAUAGGAAGACUUCAUUGUAUCAUACUAGCACUGUAGGUAAUAGAGAUUCAUACAAGGAACCAAGCACUCAUGUUUCUACAGAAAGAUAUUCACCUGUUCGGAGAGCAUCCGAAGGUUCGGGUCCACCUGGACCUGGAAUUCAGGCACUUCAACAAGAAUAUCAACAAUUACAAAGGUUAGCAUCUCCAUCGCAUAGUCCUGCAAGUAUUCCUGGAUCUCCUGUGCAUGAAAGAGGAGUAGCAGCAAUCACACAAGGUUUAAGUGGCUUAACUACAGCAGUACAGGGUAGUAUAGUUCAUGGUACUCCAACACAACCCCCAGCAACACCAUUAGAUUUGAGUCCAUUAAGGCAUCACAGAUCACCAGCUACCACACCAGUUAGUUAUUCACCUAGUAACAGUCCAGCAUUAGAUAUGAUUCAAGAAGAACAUCCUGUGGAAAUACCAAGAGUACCGCCUCAGAUAUCUGUAACAGAUCUUGGAGGACAAGUAACACUUAUUAGUUGUUCACCUUCACCAUCUCCAUCGCCUGAUUCACUCGAAGAUACGUUACCUCAUUACAAUCCUCUUCCCAGCUUUAUUAUUUCUGAACCGUGUGAUCCAUCAAGACCUAGUAUCACACGUGGCAUUGGUAGGCCAUUGAAUACAUCAAUACCUACAGAAGUUGAAGUUACAUUAUCAGAUGAAUCAAGUAGAUUAAAUUCCGAAGCUAUAUUAGGCCGUGUAAAACAAAUUAUAGACGCAAGAGCCCCUCCAAAAGGAUUUAUCUUCUCUAGAGAAGAAGUAAAAGGGGGUGGCCUUAGUUUAGAAUAUCCAGGUGGUGUUCAAAUUGAACUUAGAGUAUGUGAAUCUGAAGAAAAGGAAGUAAAAGGCAUUAAGAUGCGAAGAAUUAGUGGGGACCAAUUACAAUACAGUCAACUUUGUCAGCAGCUGAUCUCGUGUAUUACUGUUUGACGACAACCAGCACAUAAUAUAAUGUUUUUCGUUACAUUACAUUCCUGGUGCCACAUACACCACUCAUUACAGUAUUGCACAUGCAUGCUGCAUAAUACGAGCGGUACUUUAAGCAUACCAUUCUUUACAUUGAUACAUUCAUGUAACAUUCAGUGUGCUACAUUUCUCGAUAUUUUUUUCUUGUUUUUUUCGUUCUGACUUAUAAAAUUGAAAAAAAAAAAGAACUUGUGCAUAAUAUAAAGCUAGAACAAAAAUAUAAUUUUUUAAAGUCUUAUUAUUAAGACUUUAAAAAGUGUACAAAUAUACAUGCUUUUGUGCAAAUAAGACGAUGUUCUGCUAUUUUUAAAUAAUCUAAGUAUUAACAAAUCUGGACGUUUUUCAUGAAACUUUAAUCGUUAAUGUACAUCACACACCAUUCCUUUUUGUAGAAUAUUUGUCUUCAUAUUAGAAGAUUGUAGGUAAUAAAUUCAUAUUUUACUGUUCAAAUUAUCAUCAGGUGCCCUUUUUAGCUUAGAUAAAAAAAAAGCGUCUUUUGUACCGAAUUAGAUGGCAAAAUGUAAGCAUUUUCACGAUAUAUAUGUCUUUCUAAUGUAA